AUGACAACUAACGUGAAAUUUCUCAUUGUUGGAUUCAGUUUUUAGUGACCUGAUUAUUGUGAUUAUAUAUGUUUAAGGUUAAAAUAUUUCUUUUCUAUGAAGCUGAAGUAUACAUUUUUAUCGUUUUCAACCUUUCUGACUGGUACUCUGUUCUCGAUUGUCGAUGGUGACUUUUCGAAUAUUGUAUUAUCAUGACAUGAAAUUUUAGUUCAUGGAUCAAUUUGCGUAGAUAUUGAAAUGGAAUACUGCUUUGAAUUGAAAUUCGUAAAAAAGUGUAAGCUUCGACUCUUUUUCGAACGAUUUACCGUCUGGGAUGUUGUGAUUUAUUCAUUAAAAAAUGAAUUAUAAUCGGUCUAAUAUUGCUGGAUUCUAUGCAAAACUGUGUUAAAAAUGGGAGACGCUGCAGCAAGAAUUGCUUUUUCACGAAAAAGACAUGGAGAUGCAAACAGAGUAGAGCAAAAUAAAAACAAAGGCAAGAAUGCAGGUUUAAAGUUUCGGAAUAUUGCCCUUUCAGCUUCGUCUGUUGAUGGAAAACGGACACUUGUGACUGACCCGGAGCUAGCUGCAGUUUUGAGCGAAAAACAGAAUAAGAAACAAACCGAGAAAAAGGAUUCCUCUUGGUUUGAAAGAGUUAAAAGAAUACACACAAGAAAACUUAGCAACUAUUUAUUUAGUACGGAUAACGAAUACAAGUUUUCAGCUCCAAAAGGUCAUCAUGAAUUCUUUUUUGAUGGAGGAACUAAGUUUAAGAAAGAAAAACAUAUGACGAAAGCAGAAAAGUUAAGACAAUACAAAUUUUUUGCUGCGACGAGGCUCCGGUACAAAGCCCGCACGAUGAUUGGAGCUACCGGAAGCCGACACAUAUCCCAGCGCCGUCGUGCAUCCCUGGCUACUCCCGCCGCAUCGCCGUCCAUGUUUUCGCCUUUACAUCAGUUGGCGGAGGAAGAUGAAGAGGGUCCAAAAAUUCCGGCGUUGAGGCGGCGGGCAGUCGAUACCUCCGACUACCGGACUUGUGCCAUAUUACAAACACGCCUUAAAAAUGUGAAACAUUACCCCGAAGAUGAACAGCCGUCAGACGACAGUUUUAGGGUAUCGAGUGACGAUGUAGAACUUGAAAUAGAACACGAUCCUAGAAUGGCAACUUUUACUGUCGGAGGAGGAGGCCAGGAGGAUGGGGACUUUAACGGACCAUAUGAUGGAAAUAUUCGCCAUGUUGCCAAAAAGGCAGCUAACCUUAGUCUUCCGGGAACAUUAGGCUCCAACUCUAGAUCUUUAUUUAUCUUCAGUGAAGAAAACUUUAUCAGAAAAUACGCCAAGAUAAUCAUUGAAUGGGGGCCUUUUGAAUACAUGGUACUACUAACGAUCAUAGCUAACUGUAUUGUACUAGCCCUUGAAGAACACCUUCCGGAGUUUGACAAGACACCGCUGGCUGUUCAGCUCGAAGCCACUGAGGUGUACUUUUUAGGGAUUUUCUGUGUAGAAGCACUGCUGAAAAUUGUUGCUCUAGGAUUUUGUUUACAUAAAGGUUCUUAUUUACGUAACGUGUGGAACAUUAUGGAUUUUGUUGUUGUAGUUACUGGGUUUAUUACCAUAUACCCAACCACAUCAAAUAGUUCAAUAGAUCUGAGGACAUUACGGGCUGUAAGGGUGUUACGUCCCUUAAAGUUAGUUUCUGGAAUUCCAAGUCUUCAGGUUGUAUUGAAGUCUAUAAUCCGGGCUAUGGCCCCCUUGUUACAAGUGUGUCUACUGGUGCUCUUUGCUAUUGUUAUGUUUGCUAUAGUAGGAUUAGAAUUUUACUCCGGCGCUUUCCAUCGUGCCUGUUUUAAAUUAAAUGUCAAAUAUGAUGUAAAUAGUGAAGAUAAUAUAGAUUUAGGUGAUGAAGAAGAUAUUAGGCCUUGUAAUGACAAAAUAGGUUCAGCAUAUGAUUUAGGUGGAUUUACAUGUCAAGAAAACAUUUCUGAGUGUCGAGGGGUGUGGGUCGGACCGAAUUUUGGAAUUACUAGCUUUGAUGACAUUGGUUAUGCUAUGUUAACAGUGUUUCAGUGUGUAACAAUGGAAGGCUGGACUAAUGUAUUAUAUUAUACAAAUGAUGCAAUGGGAUCAUGGUUUAACUGGAUAUAUUUUUACCCACUUAUUAUAUUAGGAUCCUUUUUUAUGCUCAAUUUAGUUUUAGGAGUGUUAAGUGGUGAAUUUGCCAAAGAGAGAGAGAGAGUUGAAAACCGCCGUGCUUUCUUUAAAUUACGCAGACAGCAACAGAUAGAGAGAGAGUUAGAUGGAUAUUUAGAAUGGAUAUUAAAAGCAGAAGAAGUAAUGCUCAAUGAAGAAAGAACAACAGAUGAAGAUAAAUUAAAAAUAAUGGAAGCGAGACGACGAGCUGCAGCAAAGAAAGUACGACAGUUAAAAGAAGGAACAGAUGGGAGUGAUGAAAAUAAUGAUGAUAAUGAUGAUGAUUUAUUAGCAGAUAUGAAUAUACGAAAUGGUUAUGGUAGAAAUUAUUCAGGUCGUUGUGCCUCAUUUUGGCAAGCAGAGAAAAAAUUCAAAGUAACUGUUCGUCGUCUUGUAAAAAGUCAAUUUUUUUACUGGCUAGUUAUAGUAUUAGUACUUCUCAACACAGUUUGUGUAGCAUCAGAACAUUAUGGCCAACCAUUGUGGCACACACAGUUUUUAUAUAUUAUGGAAUUUGUGUUCCUUGGUUUAUUUUUGUUUGAGAUGUUAGUGAAAAUGUAUGGUCUAGGAGUGAGAAUGUAUUUCCAGUCUUCUUUUAAUAUAUUUGAUUGUGUGGUGAUUGUUGGAAGUAUUGUAGAGGUCUUAUGGUCAGAAUACAAGGAUGGUGAUUCUUUUGGUAUCAGUACACUCAGAGCUCUACGAUUACUUAGAAUAUUCAAAGUUACCAGAUACUGGUCUAAUUUACGAAACCUUGUGGUCUCCUUACUUAGUAGUAUGCGGUCCAUUGUUAGUUUGCUGUUUUUGUUGUUUCUUUUUAUACUUAUAUUUGCCCUUCUUGGUAUGCAGCUAUUUGGGGGAGAGAUGAAUUUCCCUGAAGGAAGACCUGCAGCACAUUUUGAUACAUUCCCCAUAGCUUUAUUAACAGUGUUUCAGAUAUUGACUGGAGAAGAUUGGAAUGAAGUAAUGUACAAUGGUAUAAGAUCAAGAGGUGGAAUUCAGGGUUAUGGAAUGUUAUACUCAACAUACUUUAUAGUUUUAGUAUUGUUUGGUAACUACACCCUACUGAAUGUAUUCUUGGCUAUUGCUGUAGAUAACUUAGCCAAUGCUCAAGAACUGACAGCUGCUGAAGAAGACGAGGAGGAUGCUAAAGCUAUGCUUAAAGAGGAAAUGAAACAAGGCAUUGCUGGUCAAUAUACUGAUUCAUCAAAACAGAUAUUGAAACUUCAGCAGGAUGAAAUGUUAGCUGCAGGAAAUGGUGGAGGAAUGCCAGGGAUCAACAUCUGUCCCCCAUCACCACAGAAUAAUGAGCCAGAUAAAACCGGAAAUUUUCCAUAUAUCUGUUUUAGCAAAACACAAGAGAAUAUUAUAAAUCAAAACAAUCUGGUAGAUAAGAAAACUGUAGCAGUCAACAUAGAUACACAACAGACCAAAACAGAUAAAGAUAGUCCUAAUUCUGACAAUAGUAGCUUGGGUCUGGCUGAUGAAGAAAAGAAGAAAGAAGCUGGAGGCUUUGGUGUUCCUAAACCUAUGCUUCCUUACAGUUCCAUGUUCAUAUUUGGUCCAACUAAUCCAGUUCGUCGCUUCUGCCAUUUUGUCGUCAACCUUCGAUAUUUUGACUUAUUUAUCAUGAUUGUUAUUUGUGCCAGUAGUAUUGCCUUGGCAACAGAAGAGCCUGUGAAAGAAGAUGCCUUCCGAAAUAAAAUCUUAAAUUAUUUUGAUUAUGUGUUCACAGUGGUUUUCACAAUAGAAAUGAUACUAAAGAUAAUUGACAUGGGUAUCAUCCUACAUCCCGGAGCUUACUGUAGAGAUCUGUGGAAUAUCUUAGAUGCCUCUGUUGUCAUUUGUGCUCUUGUUGCUUUCUUUUUCACUGAAAGUGCAGGGAAAAAUCUGAAUACAAUCAAAUCGCUGAGAGUGUUUAGAGUACUUCGACCACUUAAAACCAUUAAUAGAAUUCCAAAGUUAAAGGCUGUGUUUGAUUGUGUGGUGAAUUCCUUGAAGAAUGUGUUCAACAUCCUUAUUGUAUACAUGUUGUUCCAGUUUAUUUUUGGUGUGAUUGCUGUACAGUUAUUUAAAGGGAAAUUUUUCUUUUGUACUGAUGAAUCAAAAGAGACCAAGGAAGAAUGUCAGGGUCAGUUUUUCUCUUACGAAGAUGGAUCUGAGACACCUACAGUUGAGGAUAGAGUGUGGGACAGGAGAGAUUUCCAUUAUGACAACAUUGUUUAUGCCAUGUUAACACUGUUUACUGUUACAACAGGAGAAGGAUGGCCUCAAAUAUUGAAAAAUUCAAUGGAAGCAACAAAAGAAGACCAUGGACCUAAACAAGCUUAUAGAAUGGAGAUGGCUAUUUACUAUGUUGUGUUUUUCAUUGUCUUUCCAUUUUUCUUUGUAAACAUUUUUGUGGCCUUAAUCAUUAUAACAUUUCAAGAACAAGGAGAGAGUGAUUUAGGUGAUCAAGAUUUAGACAAAAAUCAGAAACAAUGUAUAGAUUUUGCUGUUAAUGCUAGACCUGUUUGUCGAUAUAUGCCGCAGAAUAAAGAUUCUAUAAAAUACAAGAUUUGGAAGAUUGUAGUGUCUCCCAAGUUUGAAUACUUGGUAAUGACUCUCAUAGCUUUAAAUACAAUUGUACUUAUGAUGAAGGAAGACAAUUCACAGGACAAUACACAGAUGAACAAUAGCCAAUCAAAGGCCAAAACACAGGAAGAUGUCCUCAUUUACAUCAAUAUAACUUUCACGAUCUUGUUCUCAAUUGAAUGUUUUCUAAAGCUAUUGGCUUUUGGAAUCAAGAAUUAUUUCCGAGAUCCAUGGAACGUAUUUGAUUUCAUCACGGUUGUUGGUAGUAUAGUAGAUGUUUUAAUUAGCCUCAUUAAUAUAGGGAAUAGCUAUGCAAGCUUCAAUAUUGGUGUCUUCCGGCUAUUCCGAGCAGCCAGAUUGAUAAAACUUCUGCGGCAGGGGUACACUGUAAGACUGUUACUGUGGACAUUCCUCCAGUCAUUUAAGGCCUUACCAUAUGUAUGCUUGUUGAUCCUAAUGCUGUUUUUCAUCUAUGCUAUCAUUGGAAUGCAAGUGUUUGGAAACAUUAAGUUAGAUUCACAUACAGCCAUUACAAGACAUAAUAAUUUUAGACAUUUUUUCCAAGCUUUAAUGUUGCUCUUUCGGUGUGCUACUGGAGAAAGUUGGCAACAGAUUAUGUUGUCAUGUCUAGGUGGACAAGAAUGUGAUCCGGAGUCAGGAUUAACAGGCAAAUCAUGUGGAUUAGAUAUCGCCUAUCCUUACUUUAUGACUUUUAUAUUCCUGUGUUCUUUUCUUAUGUUAAAUUUGUUUGUUGCUGUUAUUAUGGAUAAUUUUGAUUAUUUAACGAGAGACAGUUCCAUACUGGGACCUCAUCAUUUAGAUGAGUAUACACGGGUUUGGGCUGACUAUGAUCCUGGUGCUACAGGAAGAAUACAGUACACAGACAUGUAUGAUAUGUUAAGAAACAUGGAGCCACCUGUUGGCUUUGGUAAAAAGUGCCCAACACGACUUGCCUACAGGAAGUUAAUACGGAUGAAUAUGCCAGUAUAUCCAGAUUCAACUGUCCAUUUUACAACUACUCUAUUUGCUCUUAUAAGAGAAUCUUUAGGAAUCAAAAUGUCUACAACUGAUGAGAUGGAUAAGAAGGAUGGAGAGAUGAGGGAAGUAAUCAAAAAGGUUUGGCCUGCUCAGGCAAGAAAAAUGUUAGAUCAUCUGCUUCCACCCAAUGCUGAACUAAAUGGUUUUAAUCUGAGUGUUGGGAAGAUUUAUGCUGGUUUAAUGGUUGCUGAAAAUUGGAAAGCAUACAAAGCUAGUCAGUCAAAAGGUGGAAAUUAUAGAAUGGAGGAAAAUAAGGAGGAGAGGCCGCCAUCUUUUUUUCAAAGAUUUAUGGGUAAACUGACUUUAGAUCAUUCAUCAGACCAGUCUUCUGAAGAUGAUAUUGAUGGUCAUAGUAUAGAUAAACAUCCUUGGCAGAGAUCAUUUAGUUUUCUUAGAAGAGGCAGUAGUAAAAGAAAGAAAGAAGCCCAACAUCAUCAACAGUCUGAUGUCAGUAGUUUACAUGUUCACAACCCAGAACUUGGUUGUUACAUAAAUUCCUCUUUUUCAUUGGAGGAAGAGAGUGAUGAUGUCAUAUCCUCUGUGUCAUCACCGAUUAGUCGUAAGAAAGUCCAUUUUCAUGGACCAUACUUCAGACAUAGGAAGUCUAUGGAUCGGCAGGACUUCUCCAGUGGUCUGAAACCGGAACAUGCAUCUGGUCAAGGGCAGAGAAAUGAAGCUUCCAGCAGGCCUGGUAAUAAAACUCCUUCAGUUCCCACGACACCUGUCUCACAAAGAUCUCCUAUCCAUUCAAUGAUGCCUUAUCACAGUCCAUUUGGAUCACCCACAAAUUCUCCAAUGUUACAGAGAAGGUCACCUUCACCACGUCGUAAUGAAUUUGGAUUUGCUUCUGCAGUUUCUAAUUUAGUUGAUCAGGCUCAUUCUAUAGCUGAAAUGGAUCGACGAAAACAUUAUGGUUUUAAACCAGAUGAAAGUUUAAGUCUACCAAAUUCUCCACAACAAAGAAAAUCUAGGAGUGUGAGAAGACCACCAUUACAGCCACAAUCCAAUGUAAUUGGAUCUCCACUUCCUAGUCCACAGCCACUGAGAAAAAGGGAUUCAGCAUUUUAUAGGUCAACUUCACUAGAAACUAGGUCACGAUCUCCUUCUCCUUCAACUACAACACCAUCACAGACACCUCAGGCAGAAUAUUAUGGAACUGCAAACUUAACUGAUAGAUCUCGAAGUCCUAGCCCUGUAUCAACACCUCCUAAAAAACAGAAACAGGGGAGAAAACUCCCCCCAGUUCCUUUACCACCAGCUUUAAAACCAUCAACAUUGAAUCUUUCAACACCAAAACUCAAAGACAAAAACUUGCCACGUGUUAUGCCAUCACCAACAAUACCACAACCACCAAGAAGUCCAGGAAAUAUUAAUUUUCCUCGAUUAAAUCAAUCACCAUCACAUGCCCCUAGAAACUUUCCUUCAUCUGGAUCAUCCAAUUAUAAUUUACAUUUAGGUAAAUUUGGAAAACCAGAACCUUAUAGUCCAACAGAAAGAAAUAAUUUAAACAAACCAACAGUAUCAGUGCAUUCACGAACAUUGCCAAAUAUAGGUAGAACUAAUAGAGACCAAGAUAUAUGGAUGCGUGAAAAAUCAAACAUUAGACAUGAUCCAAGAUCAAGUAGUCAAUCACCAGAUAUAAAUAAAAAUAGCAGUGAUAGAACUAAAAUAUUAGCUGGUGAUUUCAAUGAACCUUCGUCAAGCUCAAUCAGAGGUAGUGGAUCUAGGACCUCCAAGACUGUGCCUAAUGGCUUUAAACCAAAAGGGAGGAAAAAGAAAGCUGAGAAAAUGGAAAUGAGAAGCGAUAGCAAUAUACCUCUAAAUAUAGACUCGGAUGAGGAUGAAUCUGAUUGGUGUUGAUAAACUGAAUUUCUUUUUAAUUUAUAUAUACAUGUAUAUGAGGAUAUUUUUAAUAUUCACUUUUAUUUCACAAUACAGACGUGAAGAGAGUAGGUAAUUUGGCAUUCUAGAAAUUUAUUUUAGUACCUAUUAGUAAAACCAUGAAGUGCAUUUCCUUUUUUUCACUGUUAGUAGAAUUUUAAAGAAUCAUUGUACAAUUAAAACAACAGGAUAUGAUGUAUUGUAUGUUUACAGUGCUAUAAUGAGUUGUUUUGAGAUUGGUCUACUAGAUUUAAUGUGUUAUAAAUGAUGUGUUAAAAUAUUUGUCAGAAUUUUGAAAAUAAUAAUACCCUUCACUGCCAUUAAAUGGUUUUUUCUUCCUUUAAUGUGAAUUCAUUGUAGUUAAUAUUAUGUACAUUUUAUUUUUAAAAACAAUAUUGAAUAUUGUUCAUUGCCCAUUUAAAAAUUUGUCAUUUGUGGUGAUUGGUAAUACAUUUUUAUUAUGUCUCUCCCAACUAAAUUCAACUAUGUGAUUAUAUCCCUCCUCAUAUUGAAAAUGUUGAGAGUAGAAAAACAUUGUUAUAAUAAAGACCAUGUCUUAUCCUGUUUUAGAGAUUUCAUCAAAAGAAAAACAUUAACAACAUCCUCUGCAAAAUCAAAGCAUUAUACAAUAAAGAUUGAAAGUGAUAAAUUUUAAAUUGAGCUCCUAAAAAUACCCCAUAAAUGUGGCACUGUCCAUAACAAUCUGUUUAAUAUUUACAGUACCUUAUUGAGCACCCUUUACCUUCUUGAUAAAAAUGGAAUCAUUCAACAGCACAUACAAAAAAUGCAGAUAUUUCAUUCACAUACAGAAGUAUUAUGUGAGAUGUGAUAUGGCACUUGUCCCUCGUCUUGAUCUACAAAGCAGACAUUUCAUUCACAUACACCAGUAUUGUGUGAGAUGUGAUAUGGCACUUGUCUCACUUCUUGAUCCACAAGCUUUAAUCACAGAUAGCAUUAUAGUACAUGUAUCCACAUUCUCAAAGCAUCACCCACUUGCAAAGAAAUUAUUGUUAUUUAUUAAUGAUGUAUUUAUUCUGUUGUAUUAUGAAACCAUUCCAGUAACUUUUUGGGUGAAGAUAAUUAAUCCACAACCAUUUAUCAACUGAAUUAAUUGAUAAAGGCCAGUCAAUUUUUUUGUUUAUACUAUUCAGGAUAAUUUGUGUUUGAAGUACAAAAUAAUUAAUGCAUACCACACAUCUCUUUAUUCAUUCAACACUUUACACUAGUUUUGAUUGAAAAAGCUUCCUGUUUCGUCCUUUGCUUCCAUUUCAGUCAGGUAUAUAAAUUUGUUUAAAAAGUCAUCGCUAGCUCAACAUUUAAAUACUUCCAUUAAAAAAAUAUUUACAGUGCAACAAAAACGCAUGAAACAAUUGAAGACACCAGCCUUAAUUGUAUAUUUGUUUAAAAAUAUAUUGCCUGUUAUUUCUCCUCUGUUAUAGUUUAUGACAAAUUAUUCCCAAAGUUUCCUGUGAUAUAUCUCCAGUUGUAAGUAUGUAUGUUAAAUGUUACUUAUUUGAUUGUGUACUUUUUAUAUUUUAUUUAAGGGGCUGGCCCCACUUUGUAUUACUGUUUCUGACCAUUUACAAGUAUAGCUUGUUUCUAUGUGUUCAUGUUGUUUUAUACUUGUUCAUUCCAGUCACUAGCUUUAUAGAACUUGCCAGAACUUUAUUCUGUUUGUAUAUUCCAGUAGGUGAUUCAUUGUAGAUAAACAAUUUAUAACACUUACUCCAUUAUAUUUUGCACCUUUUAAAGAAUUAAUAGGUUUAUUAAAUUUUGUAAGUUUGUGUUAUUAAAGUUAUGUAAAUAGUUAUUUUAUACAAAAUUUGUAGAUAUGACAUAUAAAAUUGUAUGUUUCAUUUGUCUUCAGAUUAUUUGUGUAACUGAUAAAUUUUUAACAUGGCACUAAUACUUUUUACCGUGGACAGUCUAAAAAAAUUCUGGAAAAUAUUUCUAGUAAUUACAAGUUUCUAUGGGAUAUUUCAGCCACAACUUGCAGGUCCAAAAUAGGCCAUUUUCACAGUUUUCCGGUAUAGUUUUAACAGUCAUUCAUUUGUUAUUAAGCAGCCAGUAUUAAUGGGUAAAGUCACUUUAAAGUAGAAAUAAAUACAUAUACAAAGAAACACAAUAACAUAUAAUUAUAAUUUGAAGUAAAAUUCAACCAGACCAGGAAGAAACAGGCUGCUUUUAAAAGAACAUUAUAAUUGAACAUAAAUUAUAUUAUUUGUUUGUGAAUCUUUUUUUUUAACUAAAGUAUAUAUAAUCAAUCUUUGGCUCUAUAGAUUCUUUUUAAAAAUGUUGUUAUUCAUAUUAUUGUAGUUAUGAAUGUUUAUUUUUGUUAUAUUACUCUCAAAUAUUUUAUUCUUGGGCCACACCAAUUUAGUUUUCAGUUCCUUGGAUUUUCAGAAGACAGGAGAAAAAGUGCAGUCAGGCUUCUUUUCAGUAGAUUUUUAUAACUACGAAAACAAUUCAAAACAGUAGUUGUUAAAACAUGACAUUAUACUCGUCUGGAAAAUUUCUCUGCUUUUUUAAAAUAAAAUAUUUUCUCUAAUUACAGAAGAAGCUAUUUAUGUUGUGGAAUUUUCAAAAGUAGAAUUUUUUGAUAAUUUAGUAUUUUUUCACUAUAUGGAACCAACAUUUUUUAUCACUAAAAUAUUGAUUACCGGUAGUGACAUAUUCAUUUUUUUGAAAAUCCGAAGAACAAAACAUUUAGUGUGGCCUUACUUGUUAUGGGUUUUAUGAUAAAUAUUUUCAGGGAUUCUUUUAAGUUGAAAAGAAAAUCUUCCUGUUAUUCAAUGAGUAUUGUUACACUUUAAUGUAGUAUACUGGUUAGUUUAUUUAUGACCAGUGUUUAUGUGUUUUUAUGCAGAUCAACUGUAUGCUUUUGUUUUAUUAGAUAACAUAUUGACAAUGAAGUUAGAAAUAAUCCAUAGUAUAUACUAUAUUGUAACAAAUGAAAUUAUUGCCAUCUAUCUAUUAUUCAAAUCUGGGAUUUCAAAUUUUGAGAGACUUUUGAAACAUCUUGCAUUGAUAGAGUAUGAACUAAACUUCUACUAAAUCUUAUACAGCAUCAGUGAAAAUAUAGAAUUUUUGUUAAUUAAAUGACUUUCAAGUGAUAGCACAAUACAAUAAAAUAUGUUGAAGAAAUAUCUUGUUCAUUAUUCAUGAACUAUUGACAAAGCAUUCCAAAUUAAAGCACAUCAAUGUCCCUAUCAAACAAGUGCAAUAAAUAUGUAUUUUCAAAUGCUCAUAUCAUGUAAGAAUCAAACAAAUAUAAUUAUCAUAGUAUUGAAUGUGUGUUGUGUAUGAAAAUUUCACACAUCAUUAUUUAUUAUAUUAAGAAUGUGGACAAUUGAUGUACAUGUAUGAAGAGUGAAUUACUUCUAUGAUUUUUUUAUUUCAUUGCUUGAUAAACAAUAAAUAAUUUAAAAACAU